AUCGUCAUUGUCAUCGGUAUCAUCUCCCGCCAUUUCCUUUGUCUGUGCUCGGGCCGCGCGCGUCUAUGUUCUUUCCUGUAGUUUUGUACUUGAUCUCCAGCUCCGUUCAACAAAACAAAUGGCAAAAUACUGCAUUGUGGAGUUCAUUGAGGAAGGCUCUGUGGAAGUAGUUCCAGCUACAUGGAUUGCUGGCAACAGGUGCUCCUGGCCCCCUGGACCAGGUGACAAACCAAGUUUGGUAAAAAGGUGUCAAGCUCCUGGACGAGACUGGAUGACCUACAAAAUCACUGUAAAAGGAGCAUAUGAAAGGUACGGAUAUGCUCGGAGAAAACUCGACCUUGCCCAGUAUACAUCAGACCUGGACUCUGGUCAGGAACCAAAAAAAAAAACGAAAAAUACAAAAGCGUAUCAGAUAUGAGGAUGAGGACUCACAAUACAGUCCACCAGCACCACCACUGAAUUUUCCACGAGCUUCAGCUUGCCACUCUCCUGACGUAGGUGCACCUGGCGAAGAUGAUGCCACACUGUCCACAACAUCCAAUACCAUUAUCAGUAAUUACGACCUUGGUGGGUCUUGCUUGGAUGUUCUGCAUGGUUCACCUUUUCCGCAAGUUAGCCGUCAGUGCACAAGGCUACAACAGCAGCCAACACCUGCUGUUAAAAAAGUUAUUUCCCCAAGUGACUUCCAGCGUGAAGUGCUCACGCGGCUGACUGCUCUUCGUCUUCUGGUACAGCAGCAGACAGAGCUUUUGACGGUGCUUUCAACUAAAUACACAAAGGAGUGUGCCAUUCAAGAACAAGACAGCAUCCUGAAGGAGCGGUUUGAGAAUAUUGCACCUUUAAGCGCUUCGACGAGUCUCUGACUGGCUCCACUGCAGAGUCCCUGGUAGGAAUGCCACGCGUGUCUCUCACAGGAGGGCUGAAUACUCCCCAGUGGUCAGUCAUAGGGGCACUCCUUUUCUUGAUGGUAAUCAAUUAUCUGCCAGGCUGCCUUCACUUCACACGUCUAUUUACGUUCUGACGACUAUGCCUGUGUCAGACAAUUCAUGAUGAGCCAGAUUCACAGGUUUUACAGUCCUCUCAGGUUGGCAUUCAACAUGUGGCAGUUGUCACUUAAUAUUAAUAAGAGUCUUGUCCUUCAUGAGCACUCAUCCCUUUCAUUUCCCCUACCAUUUUGGCAACUCUGUCUCCAGCACGGCACCUCUUGCAAGUACCUCGGUUUGCAUUCCUAUGAGAUGUCCUGGACUAGCAAUAUUUCCUACAAUAUCGGCCGCGCAAACAAUAUUCUCGAGUAUCUGCAUCAUAAAGUCUCCCAUUGUCUGCAUUCAGUUAAAAAUAUUAUGUAUGUUACACUUGAAUAUGCUUCUGCAAUAUGGGCCUUGCCCAGUUAUUAUAAAAGAGCAAUAGAAGCUCUACAAAACACUCAAUUCAUUUUAAACCACAUUUCAUUGACUACAACAAUGACAGUAGUGUUUCUCCUAUGGAAACCGAUCUGUACCUCCCUACCUUAGCUCUGUGAAGAAAGAUCUCCGAUCUCUGCCUCUUCUAUCAUAUUUUUAUAACAGACACUUGAGCACAGAUAUGUAAGCAGCUGGGGUCGAAACCGGAACUGAAUCGUAACCCAAAACCGCAAAAAAUGGUUAUUUUUGUCGAACCGAACUGUAAACAAUUUUUCUCUCCUCUUGAACGAACCGGAACUGAACCAGAAAAAUAUCAUUCGGUAACCAGUUCGCCAGACGGUAAAAAUGCCUAUACCUUCCCAGUCGACUGCCGCGUACCAGCUCACUGCAUCCCUCGGAAUCUUGCGGAAUUCACAGAGUGGACAAAUCGAUGAACCAAGAAGUGGUGAGUCCAUGCACCUGCAGCCCCAUGCAUGAGUCCUGCAGCCUCACCUCCGAAAGCUUCAGGACAUGCCUGUAAAUUUUUGUGGCUCGAGGUGUAAAAAAAAAGAAAUUGCUACACGAUGGAUAUACUUUACACUGUUGGCUCGGCUGCUUCCUGUCAUUCAGGGUCGCAGUGUGAAUGCGACGUAAAUUUUAAUAGUCCACAGUUAUAUCUACAAGCAACGCAGACCUCUGGCGAUCAUGGGAAAGAGUUUGGCAUGUGGUCCAGAGCAUGUAAGAAAGAAACACAGGAGCGGCCUCUCGUCCUGUUUUCAACGGGGAGCAGCGUUUCGGCCCACGUAUGGUACUCUGGGAUACUCCAAUCUACCACGUGAUCGCUUUCUUCUCUUUUUUUUUCUUUAGAAAUUGGCGAUAGCCUUUUGUAAUGGAGUGUAAUGGCAUGCUGUACGCCAUUUCCCAGCACUUCUCGAUACAGUAAAGGAUGAUCUGCUGUGAGGUGUAUGGCAAGCCAUCGUCGGAACUUGUUAUUAGUACGUCUCAAAUGUGGCACACUGAUUAGCACAGCACACGUAAACCGGUUCGAACUGGUAAGUAUCGGUUCAAACGUUUAUUUUGGUUGUGCUGAACCCGAACCGAACCGAUAACCUUGAACCAGAACUUGAACCGACCCCAAAAAAUAACGGUUCCGAGCCAUGGUAAGCAGUGCUGCAUUAUUUCUCAGAAAUCAUUCCCUCAAGGUGGAGUUAAAACACUGAAACCAUGAUUACUUUCCUUAUUUGUGUCUUCAUUCGUUCUAACACUAGGCCACUUGGCCUAGUGUUAGAAUGAGCUUCCACAUAGCAUGGUCGCUAUCUGAGGUCCACUACAAUUCAAAAAUAUAAUAACCAGCCUUUUCUCUUCCACGCCAGCGACUGUUUCAAUGUGGUGCUUUUUGGUGCCUCUGUACUAAGUUUAUGCCUGACCAGUAGGUGUUUUACUUUCUUCAGCUGAACAUUUUAGAGUGUUUUUCGGUAUCUAUAAUAACCUUAUUUGUAUGUUUAUCUUGACUUUUGUACUCCUACAUUGCAUUUCUGAUUUGUCUUCUUUCAGAUCUCCACAAGUUCUGUAAGUGUAUGUGUGCCCGUGCCACCUCCAACAGUAUGCAAAACACAGACUGAGGAACAGACACUAGACUUGUCUGUUCCUUCGUCCCUUUGUCUUUUGCGUCGUGUUUGCCUCAGUUAUGUAAUGCCCCUAUCUGGGCCUGAACGUAUGACCAGCUCUAAAUACAGAAGUGCUAAAGAAGUAAUACUCUAGGAAUUUUAAUACUUUGUAGCAGGGCCAUUCCAUGCCAAGUUAUCCAGAGAUGUCGCUCGACCUCCCUAGAAUUUUAUGAUUUUUUGGUGGUUCCUUAUGACUCAAAAAAGCAACAGAACAUUGGUCUUUUCUAACGAAAUUGAAAUUUAAGGGGUACACAGCCCCUCAAAGAUGCAGUGCUUUGCGAAAACGUACGUCGUUGCAAGCAGAUAUGACGGUCCACGUAAGGCACAGAGCGCGUUAAAGAGCAUCUUAUUUGACAGGGGAAAGCUCAUUUUACCGUAUGCAAGCAGUUUUCACCAUCACACUCCACGGGCUCUACGCUUUUGGCGUGCACGAAAUAUGCAAAUGUUGUACAAGUUCACAAAUUUGUUUGCAGUAUAAAAUUCUGGAAUUUAUUUCUCAAAAUCUUUUUGUCAUGUGGCCCCCUUCAGUAAAGGAAAGAUAUGGAGAUAAGGGUCCAUUCAGGCUUCAUGGUACCAUAUGGCUGAUUUUUUGUCGUAUGGCAUCCGGCAGUCGAGUCGUUGACAUGACUAUAGUAAUCACGACAUGAACAGUGAUAAAGUACUGCCUGCACCAAACACAAGCGUAAGUUCCUAGUAUGUGCCAUUGUUUCUUUCAUUUUUUAACACAUUCCAGUAUUGGAAACAGAUUCUUUAGCUGUCCGCUCCUCUUGCACGUAUAUAAAAGUUACUUGGUAACUGUGAUGUACGAUCUUUUCGUUUUGUGCACCAACACUUGAGAUGUACAUAUAAAAAGAAAUGCCAGUCACGGGGGCUAUCACUUUCAAUACCAGGUAAGCUGUUUCUGGGCAUUUCUGUAACCGCCACCUAUUGUACAUUUUUAAAAAUAAACAUAGAUAUCCAACACCAGGAACUUAGUGGUGAAAACAUUCUCCACUUGUGUUCGGUGCAGGCAGUACUUGAUCGCUGUUCAUAUCGUGAUUACACUACUCGUCCCUAAUUGUGGUCUGCCUUGGCCAAUUCUCGUUGUUUACGUCGUUUACACUACUCGUGUCGUGACGACUCGACUCGACUGGCGGAUGCUGGAUGCCACACGGCCAAAAAUCAACCAUAUGGUACCAUGAAGCCUGUAUGAACCCCUAUCUUCAUGUAUUUCUUUAUCUCUCACUUACCAGCACUGCGAGCUGGCUAAAAGUUUCGUUGGAGCGCAAGAUGCCCAGCUUGAUGAGCGCUCACUGCACAAACUUCGGGUCUCAAAGGAGGCAAACACGUGUUUGCAACCAUUAUUUGCUCCUCAAUAAUGCGACUGCCUAGUGUGCCUCUGAACCACUUGGCAUGGAAUAGCACAACAGCAAAUAAGCUCCAAAUAUAUUUUAGUAAUAUUUCUUUUUUUAUUUUUGUUCUUGUUCAGUUAUGCGCAUGUGUCAUGCAGUGUUGUGGUCUUUCAGAUCCGUCAUUUCAGCAACAUUGGGGGCGUGAGUCCAGAAUCGUGUACGAGGCGUAUACUCAGGGCACUUAUGUCUGAUCAAGUGGCAGCAGAAUUUUCCUGGCAGGGCAGAAAAGGGAAGCAACCAUUCAGAGACCUGAAUGUUUCCAAAUGCGUUAUUGCUGCCGUCAAGACUUCACAGAAGUGCAGCGAACACUCAGUUGAAAGUGCAGUCAAAGACUGGCUCCGCCAUGCACCCGCAAGAAGUCGGGACACAGCCAAGAGGUUACCCUGUGUGUGACCUCCAGACCCCGCUCACAGUCCUCCAGAAGUGCUCACUAGGUCAAACUUCUAGCCCUCUCCAGAGCCAGCAAUGUAUGAGUUUUGGCCGUCCAUUUUCAAAUUGUAUGAGUUUUGGCCAUCCCGCACAUUCUAGUGCAUCUUCCAGCACACUACGUAGAAGUGGUAUGCCUUUGAAAACGAGGUGAUCAGGGUGCUGCAUCCGAUCCGCCUUACUCAAGAGGAUCAUUCAGCUCAGAUGAAUACUCUGACGCCUCCUGCAGGAGCGCCCAUCAGUGACUGCAGCAGAAGAGCGCGUAUUUGAGCCCUAUGAAGAGCUAGAUAAGUUCCUCGAAUUUGACAUGACUCUGUAAGAUGACACUGAGAUGAAGAAGUUGGUGAGGGCCCAUCAAGAGCUAAUAUUAGGGUAAAGUGGGGCUACUUGAAGACGGGGGCAAGUUGAGGACAGUGAGUUUUUCGCGUGGCAUUUUCUUAGCAACAUUUUUUUUCUCGUCUGUGACACCAGGAUGAGCACAGCCGUUGUCUGGGCUCUGAAGUAACGUGUUGACGUUCUGCACGUGGCUUUUUAGAAAGACGUGAGACGCUCUUUUGCAGAUGUGGUCGAAGUAAGGGGGGGCCUUUGUUUGUCCCAUCUGUAACUUUCGCGAGCAUUGACUUCCAAUUUGCUCAUUUCUGCUUCUCUGCUAAUAAAAUAUGACCUCACCGUUAUGAUUCUGUGUCACUGCCCUGUAUUUCCAUGUGCACUACUCGUGGCUGACCGUUUCGGAUGGCCCAAACAAAAGACAAAAUUUAAAUCCGGCAUUAAUUUUUUGAUGUCCUCAACUUGCCCAUAGGGUGGGGUAAGUUGAUGAAAAUAUGUAGCCUGUCAUAUUUGGCUCGUACAAAAUAAAUGUCUGGUUUAGCACCACAGUAAUUUGUGCAUCAUUUCUGAAAGGUUUGGGGAUUCAGUUAACGAAUUAUAGUACAAUUUAGGCGAGUAUUCUCACUGCUAUUAACAAAAUAGCUUAACUGUCUUCAACAUAGACCACCUUACCCUACAUGGGUGUGCAAUCGUGGGUCCCGCUCAGUGCUGUCACGUAUUCUCCUUAUACACAUAAUGUUACACAGUGAUUGUUGACUGGAGUUUUCAGGGUAGUGAUCCAGCAUGAAUACUAGGUGCAUUCUUUUUGCUUGCACCCCCAGCCCUGGUGCGAGAGAGUAGCACCUCCGUACUAUUUUAGAAACGAACAUGUUUCUUCACUGCAUCUCCACAUUGUUCUUACGGUGUAGCUUGCGCCAUGCCUGCUCCUCAUCCCAAGACUGCUGCACUGCUGAGAGAGAGGUCGCAGGAGUGCAGUGCAGAUGAGAGAUGAAUAAAGCAAAUACUGCAAGCACCUGCAUUCAACACCAAUUGUUUAAGAACAUGCCUGAUAUAUUCCAAACAAAUUAAAGUAACUAGUAAUUAUAAUAUGGUGACUAGACCUUAAAUUCAAAGCUAUGUAGUAAUUGAUAUAAUUGAUAAAAGAAACAGGAGAAACAGACAGGGGUCAUCUUUUAAAGGAAAGGUUUUCACUGACAACUAACUAUAUUCCUAUUGCAGACAGAAACUCUGCGGAAGUAUGGAGGUAUCAAUCUCAGGGACGCCACACAAAGAAUCCUAAGAGCGUUGAUGUCAGUCGAAGUCGCAACGGCAUUCAGCUGGAGAGGAAACAAAGGGAAAAAAAGGUUCUGCGACCUUCUCUGCUGCGAGGCUGUUUUUCGCUUCAUCACAGGAAACAGUCUUUUGAAGAAACCUACAGACAGUGAAAUCGAAUGGCACGUCAAGUCCUGGCUACGUCAUGCCAAGGAGCGUAACGACAGAAAGACGUCGUGAGACACUGUUGUAGUAUUUAUUUUUGACCUCCUAAAUAUGGAGGGUGUCCGGUGAGAAUUUCUAGAAAUAGGUUUUACUUAAGCAAAUUAUGAAAUUACGUAGUAUACACACACACUUUUGCUACAGGUUGAGGCAGUUUGCAUUCGCGUCACACAUUCAUUAAGCUAAUUUUGCUAAUUGGACUUUAAAAUUAGCCAAGCAAUGGUAACGUUCUUGACGAAUUCAGAAGUCAAUGGCGAUAGCACACUAUUCCAAUCAAAAUCAGUUUUUUUUUCUGGCGAUUUUUAAGAAAUUGAAAGCCGCAAAACCGUUACUUGGCGAGCCGUACUCGAUCAAAUUUGUGCUUGCGUAAGUGCUCCGUCUGCCACACCCGAUCGAGGGCAUUACCGCGGUAACCGACGUUAUCACUGGGUGGGAAUUGACGGCACGCAUGUUUCUAAAGGCGGGAAGUGUGAUUAUGUCCUUGCUCGCAUAGCAGGGAGGGUACUUGGAUGGAGUGAAAAGUUCCAAAAACAUAAAUAUGAGCAAGUGUGCUUUGCACGGGGAUGGUCUUGUGGCUGUCAAUUUUUUUAUAAACCUUCUCGUGAAUACGAUUGGAAUACUGUGCCAUGGCCAUUGGCUUCUGAAUUCAUCAAGAAAAACGUUACCUUUGCUUGACUAAUUUUCUAGUUCACUUAGUAAAAUUAGCUUAAAGCUCAGCUACGCCGAUUUUCGAGUGUUACAGAAUGGAAUGGUACUCACACGAUGUGUUCAUAAGGGAACACUAAUUAUGUAUGCAAAAUAGUUAUCCCAAACUCCUCGCGGUUUUCCGAAAAUUGAAUUUUUAGUUUCACUGACAUCCAGUCUUGUGGCCCACAAACCCUGUGUCGACGACACAUUCGUGGUCCGGCUCCGGCUUGGCAUGACUUUUGGCUUGGUUUCUUCCGCCAAGCCGGCCAGUUUCUUCUGCCGAGCCGUCUGCUUCGCAGAUUCACAUUGGGGAAGUGCUAAACAGUUCGCUAUUAGAGAGCCAGUAUAUUUCUGGACUUCACUAAACCCACGAGGAACGUGAGUUUUACUUCCUUCGACUGCAAAGCAUUUGCUAGGCCAGUACAGUCCUGCUGUGUUCUGUGCUGCGUGCCGAGAAUACGUGAGCGUUUUGCUCCCGUCUGCAAGAACACUUCAGCAUGCAGUUCCAAUGUUUCCAAUCACAAUUUUCCGAAAGGCGAAAGAGAAAUCUAUUGACUGCAACAAUCGGUUACAACUCCGACUGGGUGCCACCUUCGAAAGCAGUGAUUUGAUCUGUUCGAUAUAAGAUGAAAGUCACUGAAAAGGUUAGCCAGCUGUCGGGAUCGAACCCAUCAGACCAUCAGUUUCUCUCUUGAUCUGUUCAUCUGGCUCAUACGAAUGUUACGGAAGCAAUGCGCAACUUGUUUCACAAGAAGCUGAAGAUCUCUCGUCCGGGAUGCUGUGCCAACCCUAUCUGCAGCAGGAGAUUGAAGGGGCAGGACUAGGCAGCAGAUAAAGGUAAGACGCGUAAUGUUAGACAAGCCAGUCAUGCGGUGCAAAUUGCAUCACGUAGAAGAGAAAAAUACGCUAUCUGUCACUUACUGCUUCAUCCUUUAGAGAUUACGCCUCAGCGGGUGUAUUCUCAGUACAGAUUUGGAAGUGCAUUAUUUGUUAAAUCAAUUCGCAGGCAUUCUGGCACCACCGAAAAGCUUGCACUCCACGUCUCAACUAUCACCGUAUGGGUUUUUAAGCUGAAGGCUGUCACCAGUGCCAACCAGACGCCCCCUUAAAGUUCAUCUGUUUUUCUUGACGGAACAGUGACACCUGGUACUGAGACAUUUCAUUUUCUGAUUAAUCAAGUGCAUUCCAUCACUUGUGCUCGACUUCUUGUGUUCGUAUACCCUUGCUGCUGCUCGCUCGCUUAGAGCAACCAUGCCUGAGGUGCCAGCGCUUUCAGAGUACAUUUAAGCAGUAUCAUCGUACCAUAUGCACAGCAGCACAUCUUGUGUAUUUUGAGUAAGGUAUAAAUUCAAUGUUGGCUCAGCUGUUGUAUUUUGUGCACAAAUAAGAUGUUCUUCCAGAGCGCUCAAGGGCAGUUCAAGCAGCUUCAUGUGUGCAACAGCACAUACUUUUUCUCAGUUUCGACUAAGGUAAAUCGAAACCUUCCAAUUGAUGUCUUUCGGUCAUAAAUUAUGUUUUUCGAGACAUUCAAACAUCACCAUGUGUGCAACAGUACAUACUUUUUCUCAGGUGAAGUAAGUAAAUCUGUCCGCUGUCUGUAAAUCCUCAAGACGUUCGAAUAUCCGCAAAUUUGUUACCAAAACCAUUUACGACUACAGUCGUGCAAACUUCCAAGCAAUUAACGAGGGUCUCGUUACUCUGUAUGAUAAUUUCUUCCACGACGCUUCACCACGCUCCGUCGAAGAAAACUGGUGCCUCUUUCGCGACAACAUAAAUCACCUUACCGAGCGUUACAUUCCAAAAAUAAAGAUAAAAUCCUACGACCACAAUCCCUGGUUUACGAAAAAUCUCAAAACACUGUUAAACAAGAAAAAGAGAUUUUUCAGGAUUGCAAAGCGCCGUGGCGAUCAUGUAUCAUGGGCCAAAUUUCAUGAAUGUGCACGUGCGUACAUGCGCGCGAUAAGACAAGCGAAACCUAAGUUCUUCAACCUUGACCUCCCUUCACUCCUCGUGAACAAACCUAAACAAUUUUGGAAAGUUCUGUCCCCGCCUAAAUCUCACUCCUUUAGCCUAACCUACCCCAACGGGGAGGUCAUCCCCGACAAUCUAUGUGCCAACGAGUUUGCUUCAUUUUUUUCGUCUCUCUUUAACACUGACGACGGUUACUCACAAGUUUUAUUACCAGUGAUCCCUUCUUCCAUGAACCUUUCUUCUCCCAUGAUGCCCAUCGACAUCAGCCCCCACGGAAUUUGUAAGAUCAUUGAGUCACUCAAGCUGUCCUCAAGUUCUGGUCCUGACUCAAUUAACUCUAAGGCACUAUACAACACGAAAGUGAUUUCAAGCGAACUGCUAUGUUGCAUAUUUAGACAGUCACUUCAAGAAUCCGUGUUGCCGCAGGACUGGAAGACAGCGAUUGUCGUCCCCAUUCUCAAAUCCGGUAACAGUCAGUAUGUUAAUAACUACCGCCCCAUUUCUAUAACUUGUAUCGCAUGCAAAAUUCUUGAACACAUAAUCUGCUCAAACUUAGUCAAAUUCCUUGAGGAGAAAGUGUUUUUCUACCCGCUGCAGCAUGGUUUCCGAAAAUACUAUUCUUGUGAAACUCAUCUAGCUUGUUUCGUUCAUGACAUAUUUUUAAACGCUGUCAACAACCAUCAGACCGACGCCGUCUUCUUAGUUUUCCGCAAAGCCUUUGAUAUGGUGCCUCACCCGAAGCUUAUGUACAAAAUCUCUCUCCUGAAUCUCGACCCGCUUGUCGUCCGUUGGCUAACUCAAUUUCUUUAUAAGCGCUCGUUCGCAGUCUCAUGUAAUAACCGCAUAUCUCCAUCUGUCCCUGUCCUUUCGGGAGUCCCUCAGGAUUCAGUUCUUGGUCCCCUCCUAUUCAUCAAUAUAUUAAUGACCUUCCUUCAUGCAUAUCUUCCACUAUCACACUAUUCGCCGAUGAUUGCGUUGUAUACAGGCAACCUACUGACCAACAAUGCUUACAAACCGACCUUGCCGUAAUUCAAUGCUGGUGUGACGAGUGGCAAAUGCCCCUAAAUAUAUCUAAGUGCUGCAUCGUGACAUUUUCUCGCCGACGUGUCUCUUAUCUCCCUCCCUUCUGCUACACAAUUAGCGAUUUAGUAUUAACCAGAGCAGAUUCCUACAAAUAUCUUGGCGUUCAUCUCUCUUCCAACUUAACUUGGAACGAGCACAUUAAUCACAUCGUGGCCAAUGCUUCUCGCUCCUUGGGCUUUGUCAGACGCACCCUAAGAUCGGCACCUGUCCAUCUCAAGCUUCUAACUUUCACCACUCUGGUACGAAGCAAGCUUGAAUACGCGUCCGCAAUAUGGGACCCUCCCCAAAACUAUCUCUGUGAUGCCAUCGAAGCCAUUCACAAUCGCGCUGCCCGCUUCAUUGUCAACGAUUACUCUUUCACUACCUCUGUUUCCGCGUUAAAACUAAGUCUCAACCUCGAGCCGCUCGAACAUCGUCGUCGCUUCGCCAAGUUAACCCUCUACCAUAGAUUUUUUUUCACCUUGCCUGCUUGACAAUCACCCAUCACACGCUCGAGUGUCAUUUUUCCUCAUUUUGAUCACACUAACAAGGUUACUCGGUUCCUCUGUAUUACUAACGCGUUCUCCAAAUCGUUUUUUUGCACAACUACCAUUGAGUGGAACAACCUCCCAUCAUCAAUAGCUACCAUUGACGACCAUACAGUUUUCCGUAGCUCCCUCUCUCACUUUCUUCAUCUUCAAUACUACUGUUAGUUCUGUUGUAUUGCUGAGUUUAUCGCUUUGUAUACAGUGAACCCUCGUUAUUAUGACCGUCGUCGUUCCCCAACAUUUUGGUCAUAAUGCGGAAUUGUCGUAUAAGCGGGGGGAUUUGCAGAGGUUUCACUGCAUUGUUCCCCAGGAGUAUGGUCGUAAAGCACGUAUGUCAGAUUAUCGGGGGUCAUAUUAACGAGGGUUCACUGUACUUACUUGUAUUGUUCUUCUUAUCCUGUUAUUCCAAGAUGUUGUUAAUUUGUUUCCUUAUUUCUGUUUUCUGUUUAUUUCUGUUAUUACUGUUUCCAUUCUCAAUGUUCCAUGAUGUGUUCCAAUGUAAUGUUUCCACCCCCAUGUAAUGUCCUCCGGACCCUUGGGUUUUUUUGAAAUAAAAUAAAUAAAUAUAUGUAUCUCGUGUAACAAGCCUGGCAAUCGCACGUUGUGCAUGGGCAGAAAUACGGCCUUCUUUCUUUGAAGACCAGUCCUCUGCAGGUAUAUGCUCAAACAAUCACAAAGUCUCACGUUGUUGCUCAAUCGCUCCCAUUCCUGCACUUGUAGUAAAAGCAGCAAACGGGUUGACGUGAAUGGCAGCUGAACGGUUGAACUGCGAAGUUCUCGAGCACAUAAUCACAAUUUCACGCCGAAAGUGAUGUUGAGGUGAGGUCCCGGUUGUUGUUUCCAUCUUUCAAUAGUUCUCGGGAUUACCUCGGACUCCUCGGACGAAACGCUCAUCGUAGCCGGCGGCCAUAACUGGAUUUCCUCGCAAACGGGAGAAGACGCCAGGGAAGUCAGAGAAAGCCUCAGCUUUCAUCCAAUCAGACGCACGAUUCUCUAUCUACGUAGAUGGAACAAGUUUAUCCCAUCUACGUCACAAAAAUGGCUGCGCCCAUGGCUUGUUUUGGUUUCUUUGAUGAAUUAAUUUUCGUAAUAGGAUGACACAAUUGAGAAACGAAGGUGCGUUUCGGGGGCAGUUGGAUGUGCUCGUUCUGAAUAUCACAACCGUUUCAACACAUCGGGAAAUCGGCGUAGCUGACCUUUAAUUAAUAUGCAACGCGACUGCAAACAGCCUCAAUCUGCGGCAAAAGUCUCUGUGUGUAUUCCAAGCAAAUCCUGUUUUUAGAAAUUUAAUGACACUUUCUCACCCGACACCUCGUAUAUUGUGGAUGUUUUGUGUUCGUGGGGAACUUGGCACAAAGAGCACUCACAGACACUGCCAUAGAGUGCGAAGAACAGCAACAGCUAUGUACCAGACGCAGUGUAAAAGUCAGGACAUGGAGGCUGUCAUAAGAUACAGAAAAACAGGCAUCUGUCAGAAUUUCGUGCAAGGACUACUUCAGGAAGGCAUGAACUGACAUUUUUUUGGUACUUAAUGUCUUCAGUACUCUGUUUUCUGUGAUUACUCAUAUUUUGCAUUUCAAAGUACCCUUUAAUCCGA